AUGGCGGCCCCCGGCUCCCUGGCCGAGUGCGGCUACAUCCGGACCGUCCUGGGCCAGCAGAUCCUGGGCCAGCUGGACAGCUCCAGCCUGGCGCUGCCCUCCGACGCCAAGCUGAAGCUGGUGGGCAGCGCCGGCCGCAGCGGGGCCGGGGCUCCGUGGCCCGCGGUCUACCAGCUCCGUGGCAUACCCAAGCUGCUGCAGCUGCUGAAGGUUCAGAAUGAAGAUGUUCAGCGAGCCGUGUGUGGGGCCUUGAGGAACUUGGUGUUUGAGGACAAUGACAAGGUGGAGGUGGCUGAACUCGGGGUUCCCCAGCUGCUGCAGGUGCUGAAGCAAACGGGAGACUUGGAGACCAAGAAGCAAGUAACAGGUUUGCUGUGGAAUUUGUCCUCCAAUGACAAACUCAAGAAUCUCAUGAUAACAGAAGCCUUGCUCACUCUAACCGAGAAUACCAUCAUCCCCUUCUCCGGGUGGCCUGAAGGAGAUUACCCCAAAUCAAAUGGCCUGCUGGAUUUUGAUAUAUUCUACAAUGUCACUGGAUGCUUAAGUUUCAAAGGAGAUUGAGAUCUGUCAUUGCCCUGGAGGGAUUCCGGUUUUAGUAGAAGAGACCUUACCUGGAGAGGUAAUGACUGCAUUUGAUGAGACAUGUAAAAGAAGUUGGCGUCUCAGGGCUGCCAGACUGUCAUUGCUUGAGGAACUGGAAAACUUCUGGAGAAAGUCACCUGGAAGAGCUUAAAUUGGAAGUGAGAUUUUAUAAACUUGUGUUUUAUGGCACCAGAAGUCUUUUUCCAAAAAUUUCAAGAUUAUCUUCAUAGUCAAAACUACUUCUUAAAAAACAAAACCAAACAAAAAGUCAGUGAGUGGCUA